UUGUCGAGUGGUAGAGAAUGAGCAGAGCCAUACUUGAGCUAGCCUGCUAGUAAGUGAAUUUCAGUCACAGUAGGAGUUCUAAAGAGUGAGAGAACCCGAGGACGGGGAAGCUGAACUUUCUUCAAUUCAGGAAUUUAUGUCUACUGUAGGAGGAUAUAGAUUCCAUGUGACGAGUUGAAGAAGGAUAUGGACUUGUUUAUAUGAUGUCGUGCAGGCUGGUUCCUGUGUAAGGAGAGAACUAACGAUAGCUAUUUGGCUAGCUAGCUAGUUCGCUUUUAGCUACAUUAGCUGGCUGGCUAGCUAAAAGGGAGAGUGGUGAAAAACGAGGCCCGCCAGUCAGACUGAAGUAUCGGUAGCUGCCGGUGAGCAGUAACUGCGACAGCGGCCUGCUUGCAACUCCGGGCCGUAAAAAUACCUCACACGGGAGGCCAGGUCUGGAGGAGCCGGAGGAGAGGAGACGGUGGUAUCGGGAGACUUGUCACUUUUAGUGCUGACGGAGACUAGCUUGCUAGUUACCUUGUCCGAGUUCAGAGGAAAUUUGUUUGUUCGUUUUUAUACUCAGACACACUCUGCAACAGGAGAGGGGAGCAAGGAAGAUGUCGCAUACUUGUCUCUCGUUAUAAACUGUGAGUUCUUUAGAUGGAUAAGUUAGAAGACUACCUAACUAAUUGAGCUCAUACUUAACACUUUAAUCUGUAAAUAGAGAGCUGGAGUGACUAACAUAUUAAAUAUGUCAAAAAUGCCAGCAAAGAAGAAGAGCUGUUUUCAAAUCACAAGUGUGACACAGGCUCAGGUGGCGGCCAGUAGCAUCACGGAUGACACCGAGAGUCUGGACGACCCUGACGAAUCCAGAACCGAGGAUGUGUCAUCAGAAAUAUUCGACUUGUCACGGGCCGAUAUUGACACGGGGGUAUGUGACAGAAGUUCAUCCGAGGAAACCUUAAACAACGUAGGGGAAGUGGAGGCUGCAACAGGUCAUUUUAACGGGGGGCACGCUUUUAGAAGUACAGGCAGAAGUCAUGUCAAUCAAAACCUUUUAGGGGGUAGUGUGCCUGUACCAGCCGCGAGUAAGCCCUCCAUUCCAACCUUGGCAACUCAGCAGCUGACAACAGUCAAUGCUGUCCCUGCUGCGAAUGUCUCCCCAACAAGUGUGGCUCAAACGCCCCCAGCUGCGCCUAGCACUACAACCACUGUAAGCUAUAGUUCACGUUUCAGGGUCAUUAAACUUGACCAUGGUACAGGGGAGCCCUUCAGACGGGGCAGAUGGACAUGUACAGAGUUCUAUGAGAGAGAUUCUGAGGGCUCUGGCAUGAGCAGGACUGUGGAUAGCAUAAAACACACUGUCACCCUUGACCACAAUGCAGACAGGGACACUGGGCUUGGGGCCACAGGAGACUCUGUGGUUGCUUCUAGUACCCUGUCCACAGAGGCUCAAGAGUCCACAGGUGAUAGUGGCUACUCCACUAUCCAUCAUGGCCAUCCUCCGGAGCCUCAGCAGCAAGGCUACGGCCUAGCGCCCCAAAUAGGGAACGGGGGGAGUUCCUUCCAGCCCAUGGGUUACUCAGCAGUGGUAUCCCAGGCCCAGGUCAACGUCCAGCCCGCUGUCCCCCAAACACUUCACCCUACUGGCCUCAACGGGGCGCCCCAAGGCGGCAUGCUGAAAAAAUUUCCCCAUAUGCCUCUUGCCACGCAAGCCCAGCAGUUUGCCUACUCUGCUCAUCCCUCUGGCACGCACCCCAGUCAGCUGGACUACUUACCCCCUCACCAGCCUCAGAGCUCCAGCACUCAAACCCUCCCUAUGGCCUCCCUCACUGUGGGGCCUCCUGCGAGCCAGGGCCCCUCGCCUGUCAUCACCCCAGCCGGCCCCAGUGCUCAGGUGCUGGGGUUGUUGGCUCAGGCCGGGGAGCUGACAGGGUCUCUGCACAGCGGUCCAUUAGCCUCAGUCCCGGGGAUGUUACUGCAGGUGGGCAGCGGUGCAGUGAUGGCCCCUCUCCUGCCCGGGGGUGCCAUACAGCACCCUGUGAGUCAGCCCCUGCCUUCAGGUGGAGUGGGCAGUGUCCUCGCACCUUCCACAGCCUCCGUUGUCCAGAACGUGCCUGCCACAGUGCCCAGCGCCACCAACACCCCCCCAGGCCCAGGAGGACUCUCCCAGGCCCAGGUAGUUUGCAGUGGGGCCACGUCGGGAUCUGCUGGGCAGGGCCUUCCCGCAGCCAGCCAAGAGGAUGACAGCCGCAGGAGGUCAGACAACCUUCCUCAGCCCAACGCCACCCUGGGAAAAGAUUUCAUGAGGCCUUUUAUCCCAGAGAGCCUGCAGCUGGCCAAUCCCACCGUCAACAGUCUGUUCGGGAUAGCCAUUCCCAUGGAUGGGGAUGAGGAUGGUGCUUCCGGAGCCAGUGUUGUUGCCAUCGAUAACAAGAUAGAGCAAGCAAUGGAUCUAGUGAAGAGCCACCUGAUGUACGCAGUGCGGGAGGAGGUGGAGGUGCUGAAGGAGCAGAUCAAGGAACUGUGCGAGAGGAACUCUCAGCUUGAGCAGGAGAACGCCGUGCUCAAGUCCCUGGCCAAUAUGGACCAGCUCACCCAGCUGUCGUCCACCCAAAUCAGCCCUGCCGGCAGCACCUCCCCGUCUCAGCAGCUACCCUCCACCAAUACCAACACCCCCCUGGAGGGUGAAACCCAGGCUUUCAGUCUGCCACAGCAGCCCAACGUCACCUCUGUGUGAUCCCAUGCCCCCGUAAUACACCUCCCUGACAUACGGGAGGAGGAGACCCCAACAAACAACCAACCCCUGCCUCUCCCGCUGCCUUGCAACAUAAAAAAAGAGCUCAGAACUGCAUUUGAUGUUUUUUUAGAAGCAAAAAAAAACAAGCAAAAUCAGCUUUUGUUUGCCAACCCUUGUCUUCGACUCGUGUGAAGAGCCAUGCUUCAUUUUGCGUGCUGCUGCUGUCGUCUGGCCUUCCCAGUAUUAGACAAUCAUCAUCAUGUGAUAGCAUUCUUUUGGCCGGGUGUCCUGCGUUAAGUCUAUGGGGAGCUGGCCAAGGGAGGAGUGCGGUGCAGGGCCACGGGGGGUAAGAGGCAAUCCGGCGCAUGGUGGCGGUAGUGGAGGUGGUCCAAGAGGCCGAAAAACGUGGGGGGGGUCCUACGUGUUGGGAGGCCCUUGACUGUUCUAUCCCCCACUCCACACUGGGUUGUUGGUAGCAAGUGGAAAAGAACGGGGGAAUGAGAAUGACAAAUAGAGACUGAGGUGGAGGAAAGGAUUCCCCCCACCAUAGGAAGAAUGUGUCUCACGCCGUGAGAAGACCAAAACUAGUUUUCCCAGAGCCACCACACUGACACAAAUCAAAAAAUAACUUAAUUAGUUCAGUUUUAAUGUUUGCAUUUAUUUAUUUCAGGGAUACAAUUUUCAUAAUGUAAAUGAACAAUGUCACGGAAGUACAUGUUAAAGUAUGUUAGAUUAUCGGUCAGGCAGUCAAUUGGUAGUCUAAUCAAAAAGUAGUUCCGUAAAUGCAAUAGGUUCUUUUAAAAAGGCAAUUCCCACGGCAUAGCACCGCUAACACUAAAAGGCAGUUAACUUAAUUAAAUUAAUACAGGUUGAAUGUACAUUUUGUAAAGAGUAAAGUGUUAAAAGCAUAGAGGGAUUGUACAGGUGAAUGCCAGUUAUUGAGAUAUGAAUCGUUGGUAGUUAUAUUUUGAUAAACAUUUGCUGUAGUUUCUUUGUCGCCAAAAUUGGAAGACAAUUGCCAUACUUUCCCAACAUUUAAAAAAUUCUAUUGCACAUAUUUACUGUCUGGGCUGGGGGUAAAAAAAGCUGUGAAAUUGUUCAACCUACGUUGUAACCAAAGACUCAAAGCUGUGUAAUAAUUUAAUUUUUAAUGCACACGUUUCUUUUAGAUUUUUUUUUUUACUUCCUUGUUUUUUUGUUUCUGUUUAGCAUGUUCUGCAUGAUCUAUAAUUAAACCACUUUCUUACCUCAUCUUUUUAUUUAGCACUCUUAUUGUAACGUAAAGUUAGUCUGCUCUGUCCUUUACCCAUUGUUUACAAAGAGCUGCCAGUUAGAACGAGAGAGGAAGGAGAACGGAAUGGAAAGAGAGGGGGAGAGAAUGAGGGGAUUAAGAGAAAGGGAGAGUCAGAAGCACACACUAGCAGAAAAUGAAGUUUGAGCCAUCUUUUUGUUUAUGUAAAGUGUUUUGAAUUUCAUAUGCAGACCAAAAAAGUUUUGUUAAAUUGCAAAUGUUACUGUAUUUAAAGGCCCAGUGCAGUCAAAAACGUGACUUUAUAUUUCCACACUAUGAGGUUGGAAUAAUACUGUGAAAAUUGUAAUGCCCUUUUAGUAUAAGAGCUGUUUGAAAAGACCACCUGAAAUGUCAGCCUGUUUUGGUGGGAGGGAGCUUUGGUUUUCCAUGGUGACAUUACCACACAGUAAAUUAGUUAAUAGACCAAUAAGAAAGUUCCAAACCUCUCUGCCAAUAACAGCUAAUUUUCAGUUUUCCCCUCCCCACUCAAACCACUCCCAGACAGUCCUAGCAAAAUUCUUGCUUGAGAAAUUGCUCUUUGCUUAAGUAGCUCUUUUUUUUUUUAUUAAUUUUUUUGACCAUUUUAAUUGAAAACAAUCACAGGAAGGUACUGAAUUGUUACCAGGAAAGGAUUUGAUUUUGAGAUUUAAAACAAAUGGCUGCAUUGGACCUUUAAGAAAUGCAAACAUUUAGAUUCUGAUUGUAGUGUACCAAAACAUACUUCAAUAAAAAAACUGCUAGACUAUAAUAACUUACAAACUUAAUGGAAACUAUUGUACACAUUUCACAACUUCAGCUUGAAUCUGGUAAACUAUUGAAUGAGCAUAUUAUGGUAUGUCCUGUCUGCGUUACAUGUCUUUUGUGCUUCCUGUACCAUUCUUUGUGGCUUAGAACCAAACCAAAAUUAUCAUCUUUAGCAGGAUGAACUUAGAUUUCACCUUUGCAACUGGGUAUUAUUAUUUCUUUUUUUGAAGGAGAUGCCAUGUACAUGCCAGGUGUGUACUGUAUGAACGUGAUGAUCACUGAGCCUUGGAGAAAAUAUCUUAAUGAUGCCCUUGUAAUGUGCUGUUGUGGCAACAAAAAAAAUGGUGUAAAAAAAUAAAUUACUGUUUUAUUAAGAAUGUCAA